UUAACACUUUUCGAAAUUCCCCUGAGAGAACUAAAUUUUGAGUCCUAUAACCCCCAUUAUUGGCGCCUCGUUUUUGUCCUCUUUAUGUUAUUGUCUGUUCCACUGUACGUUGCACGGCCCCACCGAAGAGUAACAAGAAGAAGACAGCGAUCAGCUGUGGCCGAUAGCAACUAUCGGUUGUUAUCGAAGUUGCAUUGUUAGCUAAUUGCGAUUUUUCCAGAUUUUCCAAAUACUUUCUCGAGUCCCAGAGUGCAAUUACAUCGUUGAGUACCAAAAAAAAAACAGAUAUACUUUAUAGCGACCGCCGAUGUAAGAAGAAGCUCAGCGAAUUGGCCAGCAAAAGUAACGAGUCACACAUACGCAUACAGCCACACAAAUUACGUGCAGAGCGCAAUCUAUUCCCCAUUUUCCACCGAAAAUAAAGCAAGGCAGUCAGAAAAGCAACCAAAUUGCGACGCACUUUGCAGAGGAGCAAAAAUCAAGCAUCGGAAAUUGAGAGGAAACUCCUAAGAAAGCUUAACUACACCAAAAGAAGCCACAACAAUAACUUCGCAUAUCAGCAGAGCAAGAAGAAGAAGCGGCGGCCAGCUGAGAAGUGAAGAAGCGAAGCACAAGGGCGCAGGGGAAAUUCAGGAGUAGGUGCAGAGGGGACAAGAAAGCGGAGGAACCAUAGGCGUAGAGCGGCGGGGUGCAGCCACCAUGAGCAUGGUGCGGCGGAUUAUCCUGCUGGGUCCCAAAUACAACGUCUGGGCAAAGGGAAGUGGAGUUGCUCAAACACAGCGUUCGGCAAGAUGCGUUAUUCUCAGCGCUGGCAAUGCGGAGGUCAGCAUCUGGGGCGUCCGAAGGUUCCACCUGGCCACUGCAAACUGCGCGAUAAACCGACUGGUGAGACUGGAACCCGCAAUGGCAAUACCGGCGUACAUAGACAUCACCAACGCCACCUCACGAACGCCAGAUGAUGCCAGCGACAGCGGCAGUGGAGCUAGUGCAUCGGGUGGCAGUGGAGCCAAGAGUCCCGGAGGUGGAGCUGGAUCUGGGGCAAGCACCACCAGCGGCGGUGAUCCGCCCGGCGGCGGCAGCGACAAGUUCCUCUCGUGCCCGAAAUGUGGCAGCGCCUGCACCCAAGUGGAAACGUUCGUCAGCUCGACCCGCUUCGUUAAGUGCGCCAAGUGCAACUAUUUCUUCGUGGUACUCUCCGAAGUGGAGACCAAGCAGCGCACCAAGGACGAACCCAAGAACCAGCGCAAGCCGCCACCUCCGCCGCAGAAGAUCAUGGAGUACCUGGACAAGCAUGUGGUGGGCCAGGACUUUGCCAAAAAGGUGCUGGCAGUGGCAGUCUACAACCACUACAAGCGCAUCCACCACAACCUGCCGCAGCUCCAACAGCAGGGAGGAGGUGUUGGUGGAGGAUCUGCCGGCAAUGGUCUUGAUGGCAUCCCGCGGCCAGACCUGCUCCACAUCACCGGAAUCGGUCACACGCUGAACAGCUCGCCAGGCAACGAACUGCCGCCGAAGACGCCCGCCCAGAUGGGUAUGGGUGGCGGAAUGGGAGGUCCAGGACUUGGAGGUGGACUCACCGGCGCAGCAUCCAGUAAUGCGCGGGGUGGUGGCGAUCACAGAGCCGGAUCCGAAAUUCUUGACCGGCAGUCUAAUGAUGUGAAGCUUGAGAAGAGCAACAUCAUUAUGUUGGGCCCAACGGGAUCUGGUAAGACUCUGAUCGCCCAAACGAUUGCCAAGUGCCUGGACGUUCCCUUCGCCAUUUGCGACUGCACCACGCUGACACAGGCGGGUUACGUGGGCGAGGACAUCGAGAGCGUCAUUUCAAAGCUACUGCAGGAUGCCAACUACAACGUAGAGCGCGCCCAGACAGGCAUUGUCUUCCUGGACGAGGUGGACAAGAUCGGAGCCGUGCCCGGAAUCCACCAGCUUCGCGACGUUGGCGGUGAGGGUGUCCAGCAGGGCAUGCUAAAAAUGCUCGAGGGCACUGUGGUCAACGUCCCCGAACGUAACUCCCCGCGCAAGUUGCGUGGCGAGACGGUCCAAGUGGACACCACAAACAUCCUGUUCGUAGCAUCUGGUGCAUACACAGGACUGGACAGGCUCAUCGCACGUCGUCUCAACGAAAAGUAUUUGGGUUUCGGCAUGCCCUCGACCAGCGGAUCUGGCCGUCGUGCAGCUCAAUCAGCCGCCAGUCCCAUGGAUAACGACCAGGAGGAGCGUGAUAAAUGCCUGACCAAAGUGCAGGCACGUGAUCUCGUUGAGUUCGGCAUGAUACCGGAAUUCGUCGGUCGUUUUCCGGUUAUCGUGCCCUUCCACAGUCUAAACGUGAGCAUGCUGGUGCGCAUCCUCACCGAACCGCGCAAUGCACUAGUGCCGCAAUAUAAGGCUUUGCUUGGACUGGAUGAGGUUGAUCUUACCUUCACCGAAGAUGCGGUUGAGUCGAUAGCCCAGUUGGCGAUGGAGAGGCAUACGGGGGCUCGUGGACUGCGCUCCAUAAUGGAACAACUGCUGUUAGAUCCCAUGUUCAUUGUACCGGGGUCAGACAUUCGGGGAGUUCAUAUAACCGCCGAUUAUGUUAAGGGCGGCUCAGCGCCCGAGUACAGCCGUGAUGCGGACGCCCCGGCAUCCGGGACCAUUGCCACGGACUCGGCUAACACAACCGAUAACGAUAAGAACUUUGAGAAUAGUGAGAAAUCUGAUUUGAAUGAUAAAUUGGUUGGUUCGUCGUAGCUCCUUCCCUUGAACCCCAUCAAUGUGUAAAAUAUGACCCGAUAAGGAGUGAACGAAUGCCCCCGCAUAUAUUUAUAAAGAAUAUCCUCAAUAUCCCAUAUGCAUCUGUGAUUCAUAAUCGACGAGCAGCGCAAUCUUUUGAGCCCGAAGCAAUUGCAAGUGGAAUAACAAAUCCUAAAGAGAGUGUUAAAUGAAUAAAGCCACUUUUUUUAAACAUAA